AUGAAGAGCUACGUGGGCAUUAUCUUGGUGCUAAGUGCCCUGGUGGCCACCUCCUUCUCCGCUUCCAUAGACAUUCAAGAGAUCCAUAAUCAAAACCAGCUGGUGGGAGGAUCGAGCAUAGUAAAAACCCGUGAAUCCAACCUCAUCGAUCCCAAUGCCUUGGCCAAGGGAAAGACGGGCCCGGAGGAGGAGAAGAACGCCCAGUUCUGGUAUGACUUGGCCGACGCGGAGAUUGCCAAGCGUCUGGAGCAGCCGCAAUUGGACAAGAGGAAGGCCAAGAAUGUGAUCCUGUUCCUGGGCGACGGCAUGUCCCUUUCCACGGUGGCAGCCGCCCGCAUCCACAAGGGUCAGCUGAAGGGCAAUACCGGCGAGGAGGAUUCCUUGAGCUUCGAGAAGUUCCCCUACACCGGCCUAAGCAAGACCUACUGCUCCAAUGCCCAAGUUCCCGACUCCGCCUGCACGGCCACCGCCUAUUUGUGCGGCGUGAAGACCAAUAUCGUGGCCCUGGGCAUCACGGCUGCCGUGACCUUCAACAACUGCAGUGGCAGCGAGGACCCGGCCAACCAGGUGGACUCGAUCGCCGCCUGGGCUCAGGCUGCCGGCAAGGCGACGGGCAUCGUGACCACCACCACGCUGACCCACGCCAGUCCAUCGGGCGCCUAUGCCAAGACCACCAAUCGAUUCUUCGAGAGCGACACUGACAUUGUGACCUACGGCGAGGGCCAGAACGAUCCGGCCACCUGCACGGACAUCGCCACCCAGCUGAUCACCCAGGCGCCCGGCAAGAACUUUGACGUGAUGCUGGGCGGCGGAAUCGGCAAGUUCCUGCCCAACACCAUCACGGAUCCGUUCAACAAGAAGGGCGAGCGAUCCGACGGCGUCAACCUGCUGUCCCGCUGGCAGGGUCUGCAUCCCGGCGGCGUUUUGGCCUACAAUCGCGACCAGCUGCUGAGUGUGAAUGCCUCGAAGAUCACCAAUCUGAUUGGCACCUUCCGUUCGGGAGUGAUGAGCUUCAACAAGCUGGCCGAUCCCAAGGAGGAGCCCACUUUGGCGGAAAUGACGCGCAAGGCCAUCGAGGUGGUUAGCAAGUGUGAGGAGGGCUACUUCCUGUUCGUGGAGGGCGGCCUGAUCGACUACGGCAACCACUUCAAUUCGCCUACUUACUCGCUUAGCGAGACCCUGCAGUUCGAGCAGGCGGUUCAGGAGGCUCUGGACCUGACCAAUCCCGAGGAGACCCUCAUCGUGGUCACCUCCGAUCACGCUCACCCGCUGACCAUCUCCGGUUAUCCCGGCAGGGGCACCCCCAUCCUGGGACUCAAUCAGGAUGACACCGAUGUGAAUGGCAUUAAGUACGCCACUCUGAACUACGCUGUGGGCACGGAGCAGUAUCUGGAUGAGCAUGGCCAGCGCAUCGACCUCUCCGAUAAAAUCGGAGCUGAGGACUUCAUCCAUCCCAGCUACAUCCAUGGCCUAAUUGGCGUCCAUGCCGGCGAUGAUGUGGGCAUCUUUGCCACUGGCCCCCAAAGUCACCUCUUCACCGGAUCGAUGCAGCAGAGCACCAUUCCCCACGCGAUGGCCUACGCCUCCUGCAUUGGCAACGGACGCACUCUCUGCGACAAUGAAGACGACUAGAAUUUUAACAAGCAAAUUUAUAAUGUAGAG